AAACCAGAGAGAAACAUUUCUGACCCCCCUGGUGUAGAGGGAGAGAAGGGAGAAGGACAAGAGGAAGGAGAAGAAAGUGGCGAAGGAGGAGAAUCCAGUCAUCAUAGCCUAGUGAGGAAUGAGGAAGGGGAACCAGAGACAGAAGAGGGAGAAAACGAGUCGCUCUCCUCCAUAAUGGAGGGCUUCGUGGAGAAACGAGGAGUCAGUGAGCACUGGAACAGAUACUGGUGCGUGCUGCGUGACGUCUGCCUCUACAGCUACCUCAAACCCCACGACCAGGUGCCCUCUGACGUCACAGAGCUUCGCGGCUACACGGCCGCCCAGCUGAUCGACAAGAUUCAGGGGAAGCGAUUCGUCCUCAGCUUAGAGCACACUAACUACAUCCCCGUGUUUCUCUCUCUGGACUCCCGGGAAGAACUGAGUGCCUGGCAUGACUCAAUACAGAUGACCUUGACCCAGUUCCAUGAGGGGCCAGAAGACGUGUUCGCAGAGCCAGGGGCCACUGUGGGAGGAGACAAAGGCCGAGUCCGCGCAGAGACUUGAGAACAGAGCAGCAGCAUCAUCAGCAGCCCCUGGAUUGUCUUCGUCGUCGUCAUCAUCAUCACCAUCAUCAUCAUCACACCCCCGGCCAGCGUCGACCUUGUGGUCAUCGGUUGCAGCUGCUGCCAGGUCGGGUCACGUGGCCUCAGAGGAUGACCGGGUGUGCACUUUGACCCGGUUACGUCAGCGGAGGAUGUCCACCCAAAUCAAGAUCAACGCCAUACAGCGGGAGAUGGAUGCCAGCACCAGCCACUCCAAGGAGAGGAAGAACGUCUUCCAGCGGAACAGGAAGCGACCGGAUCUCGUUCAAGGUCACACGGAAAGUGAAUGUCGCCGGCCGGAACUGGAAGAGCAAGUGAAGUCGUUGUCCUCACGGUUACAGGAGCUAGACACGCGCAUUACGUCACACGGCGCUGCGGGACCUCGGGAUGCGGAGAUGUCGGACCUAAUGGCGUCACAGCACACGACGUGGGGUGUCACGGCUGGAGGAGGAGGAGGUGGAAGAGGAGGAGGAGGUGGAGUAGGCAAGUCGUGGUCUGAGGAAGGGCACGAUUGUGACAGUGACCGAGAUCGGGACUCGGAUAAAGAGAAAGGUGGAGGGAAAAGCAGCAGCUUGAAGUUCAGUGUUCAGAAGUUUGCGCACCGCACUUUCGCAAAGGCUAACUGGAACUGGUAUAAAAAGAGCGCCGGCCAGUCAGAGGAUCAGGACAGUAACAACAGCACCAACAGCAGCAGCAGCAGCAGGACUAAGGUCCUCUUCGCCCACAGCAAAUCGGAACCGCCUCCCGAUGUGAUUGACAUGACGUCGAAUAACAACAACAACCAAUCAAAUCGCAAGCUGGUCCAUUCGUCCAUUGACACUAGUGAUAUUUACGCCCCACCUGAUUCUUUCAAGACGGACUACUCAGCCUUGUCACUCACACUACCCAACCCUAAAAAGAGCGGAACUGCCAGGACUCCUAAAGAGCGAAUCUUGUCCAAAAUUUCUUCCUCUCAUUCGUUCACUCAUUUGGAGAGAUUCUCCUCCAGGUUAAAAUCCUCGUCGUCGUCUCCUUCUCUUGACAAGCUGGCUUCGGAACCAGACAAAGACAAAACUGACGACUUGUCGCUCGCUCGCGUUGAUGGAUUAGCCCUGGGGGCGGGGCUAAGUAAUGGCGACUUGGUUGAAAGCCGUGUCAGCGGGACAUGCUCCGCCCCCUCUAGUGCGAGGGGCGGGGCUAAGAGUCCACGAUCGUCAGGGCUGCUGUCCUCGCCCAGGAGGGAAGUAAACCCCAACGCUCUGGCUGAGAUACAGGCUUUUGAAGAGUUGUCCUUGAAGUUUCUGGAAUCUUCCAACAACACCAGAUGACUCCCGCAGGCGUAAAGUGUUGAUAAGCCAGCCAUUAGAGGCGACAAUCUCAACGUGGGCGUUUCCCAGAAAGUUCACGUCCUGAGCUUGACCUUGACCCUGGCCAAGUCUAACGGUUUUGUUACUUACUGUUGUUGCUCCAGCAGCUGAUUUUUUGUUGGUUUGUUUGUUUGUUCCUUUGUCGGGGUCCCCUCCGCGACCCCCCCCCCCUUUUUUAUUUUGAGUAAAGAGAAGCAGAUGGACACAAUAUCGAGGGUGCUCUGUUAGCUCAGUGAGUCCGCAUCAUGCUGGGCUGCGGCGCAGAUGUUGAUUGGGUUUUGAGGUUGUUUUUUUAGUAAAGAGAAGCACAUCGAUACAGUAAUUUACUGUGUCGAUGUGCCUGUCUUUACUGUAAUGGUCAAGUAGUGCUGGGAAAAAGUAAGACAGGCAGACAGACAGAAACAACAGAGAGAAAGUAUAUGAAGUGGGACCAACCAAUAGUGCCCUCCAACCACCUACGCGGAGUGGAUGACCCUGGUUCGGAUUCCCAAUGGGGUGUUCUUGAACUUGGGUCGCUUUAUGGAGUUUUUAAAGCUGUCAACUGUUUUGGUUGGGUCUUUUCGGAAAUGGACGUUAAAUUCUAAGGCCUCGAAUUUUGACAGUCCUAAAUAAUUUUUCAGUUUUGAAACGACCAUUUAGAUCUUGUGUGUGUGUGUGUGUGUGUGUGUGUGUGUUUGUG